AGCAUGUAUGGCAAAAGCAAGAGUAACAGCAGCGCCGUCCCGUCCGACAGCCAGGCCCGGGAGAAGUUAGCACUCUACGUAUAUGAAUAUCUGCUCCAUGUAGGAGCUCGGAAAUCGGCCCAGACAUUUUUAUCAGAGAUAAGAUGGGAAAAAAAUAUCACAUUGGGGGAGCCACCAGGAUUCUUACGCUCUUGGUGGUGUGUAUUUUGGGGUCUCUACUGUGCAGCCCCGGAAAGACGAGAAACAUGUGAACAUUCAAGUGAAGCAAAAGCUUUCCAUGAUUAUAGUGCUGCAGCAGCUCCCAGUCCAGUGCUAGGAAACAUUCCCCCAGGAGAUGGCAUGCCAGUAGGUCCUGUGCCACCAGGGUUCUUUCAGCCUUUUAUGUCACCUCGGUACCCUGGAGGUCCAAGGCCCCCACUGAGGAUACCUAACCAGGCGCUUGGUGUCCCAGGAAGUCAGCCAUUACUUCCCAGUGGAAUGGACCCUACUCGACAGCAAGGACAUCCAAAUAUGGGGGGCCCAAUGCAGAGAAUGACUCCUCCACGAGGAAUGGUGCCAUUAGGACCACAGAGCUAUGGAGGUGCAAUGAGACCCCCACUGAAUGCUCUACGUGGCCCCGGGAUGCCUGGAAUGAACAUGGGUCCAGGUGGUGGUAGACCUUGGCCAAAUCCAACAAAUGCCAAUUCAAUACCAUACUCCUCAGCGUCUCCUGGGAAUUAUGUAGGCCCCCCAGGAGGCGGAGGACCACCAGUAACACCCAUCAUGCCCAGUCCAGCAGAUUCAACCAAUUCUGGAGACAACAUGUAUAUUUUAAUGAAUGCAGUACCUCCUGGACCUAACAGGCCUAAUUUCCCAAUGGGCCCUGGGUCAGAUGGCCCCAUGGGUGGACUAGGAGGAAUGGAGUCACAUCACAUGAAUGACUCUUUAGGCUCAGGAGAUAUGGACAGUAUUUCCAAGAAUUCUCCCAUUAAUAUGAGCCUGAGUAACCAGCCAGGAACUCCAAGGGAUAAUGGCGAGAUGGGGGGAAAUUUCUUAAAUCCUUUUCAGAGUGAAAGUUAUUCCCCCCAUGACAAUGAGUGUGUGAUCCAUUACUACCUACGUCUCAUGGAAACCACAGUGAGUCAGCCCUUCAUGGAAAUACUACGGAAGAAAAGUCACAGUGUACAGUUAAAGGAAUCUCAGUCACACCAAACCAACCUUUUUAUUUCCUGCUCUCUCCCCUAUUUUGUGAAGAAAGCGGGUCCAACCAUGAUUCAAACAACUGUAUGGAGCGGCGUAUUAAAACGGCCCCUAAACUGAACUGCAAAUAAUUAUCUGUGUUUGUAUAGGUGUGGGGACAAGAAUGUGCUGUAUAUGUGUAUGUUCUAUGGACAUAGACACAUACAUACAUUGACCUACAGGACAUUGUAAAAUAUGAUCACAUGACAUCUUAAGUAGAAAUAAUCAGGGACUUUUAUUCCAUCCUUUUUUUUCACGUUUACAUUUUAAUUAUUAAAAGUUGUUC